GGACACGCGAGACAAACUCAAACUUCACAGUUUCACUCGGUUUCACUAAAGUCAACAGGAAAGUCAAAAUCCUGCCAACACAGCGGGUAAAUUAAUGUGAGACAAGAUGGAGACUGCACUGAAGUCAGGACGAGAGAAACCUGUCAGAGGGUCAGCAGGGGAGGACGGAGAGCCAAUCAAGAUGGAGGAGACGCCGAGGGGAUCAGAUACACUCUCUCUGAAGGAGGAGUCAGACUCUCUGAGUCCUGAGUCCUACAGGGUCCACUCCCCCAAAGAGACCCUCCUGUUGAACCUCGCAGAAAACUUCCAGAGUCAGUUUACUCACCUGUACCCUGAACGCAACGCUCUACUGCUGAGCCCGCUCAACGAGUGUGGAGUCAAGAAGUUUGUUUCUACGACUCUUCGGCCGACACCAAUAAACCACCCGGAGUUUUUCACCUGGGACGGCUGUGCCAGUUUAGUGUCUGACUUCCUGUCCCUGGUCCCUUUGGAUCCUCCUGAAGACCUGCCCAGGACUCUCUUCUCCUCCACCUCGGUGCUGCAGAGUCAGAGAGCCACAUGUUUUGAGUUUGCCUCCCUGCUGUGCAGCCUGCUGCUCGGCGCCCACUACGACGCCUACUGUGUCAGCGGCUACGCUGUCAGAGAGAUGUGUCUGCAGGACCAGAGUCUGCAGGAGUGCCCCCUGCUGGACAAACAGGUGGAGAGUGUGACGUCAGAGCAGGAGCCACAGGACAACAAAUACACACCCAAACCACAGAGGGAGCUGAAGAGUCUUUUUUUGAUGCAGCAAGAGAAGAAGAAACAGGACACUGAAGCGGCGCUGCUUCAGAAACAGAAAGUUCUGGAGCAGAGUGAGCAGCGACCCCCUGACCCCCUGAGGGGCCUGCGCAGACACUGCUGGGUGCUCGUGCUCUCAGGGAGCCUCAGCGUACAGGAAAACUUCUUCAUCGACCCUCUGACAGGAAACAGAUACCCUACUGACCACGACCACUUCCUGGGCAUCGACAGCGUGUGGAACAACCUCAACUACUACGCCAACAUGCAGGACUGCAGCAACGGCUGUGCUAAUAUGGUGUAUGACCUGGAAGAUGUAAACCUGUGGGAGCCACUUUUGUUUGGUGCGACCAGUAAGAAGCAGCUGAUUCUGGAAGUGUUGAAAAGGAAGGAGAACAAGAUGAUGAAGAAUAUUAUUGAAGAUGAGAAGGUGGAGCAGGAGAAGCCCAGAGUUUUUGAGAUGCCCAGAUCCUGGGUCAGUUGCAUCACAAUCUCUAAAAAAGACUUGGAGAACCGCUGGCCAGAAAAGAAGAAGGUGACCCUCUACAGGAAAGCAAAGCUCGAGAGGUUUGCAGAGUACUUGAGGAUAGACGGCCUGGUCACAAUGCUGACUACAUACAAAGACCUGGACUGUACUGAGGUCGUCAGAGUGAAGGAGUGGUAUCAACACAGGAAGGACCACCUGGAGGAGAGGGAGGUCAACAAGGUCAACAAUGUCACCACAGAACGCUUCAAACACGGGAGACGUUUCCAUCUUCUAUUUCACAGGUACACAGACAGCAAGAAUGACAUGGUGUUCAACAGAGCUGCUCGUGUGGAUGAUCUGGUGCGGAGGGUGGAGUCAGCUGGUGAGAUGACGGAGUUCUUCGAGGGCAGGAACAACCUCCUGUACUACCGCCAUGCUGUUUUUGAUCGACAUGUCCAGUUUUCAAAACCUGAUGUGUUUGCUGAUCAGGAGAACCGAUGGCUGAAGAAAGUGGUGGAGCGCUUCCAUCGUAACUCAUCUAAACCUGCCAAUGAGGACGUGGCCGAGCGAGUGUUCCUAUUGGCUGAGAGACGUAUAGAGUUGACCUAUCACGUAGAGGAGAACCGAGUCAUCGCUUCAACGAGGAGCUUCAUCAAACCACGAGAGUCGACCGAGAAGGAGAAGGCCGAGGACUUCACACCUCACAUGGUCUCCAGCUUCCAGGUGGAUUCGUCUGAGGAGACUCUGAACACCCUGGCUCUGUUUGAUCUGCUGACGGCUCUGAUGAGGGACGAGGAGGAGGCGGUUCUACAGAUCAUCCAGUCCUUGAAGGAGAUGAGGGACAUCACGGCGUGCAGAAAAGAGGAGCAGGACAGCGUUGAGCUUCACCUCUCACCGUGGACGACCAUGGGAGCUGAGAGAGCGCGCAGCCAGAGGCAGGAAAUGGAGCGCGUGGCUGCAGACGAGCAGCUCUGGCUGCAGCAGAAGAAACACGACAUCCUGGCUCCCUUCAUGAUCAAACUGAACAACCCAAAGACUCUGAGCCAUCAGGACGCCCUGCAGGUCCACCACCACUGUUUAACCCAGUUCACACAGAGACUGGUGGAGCAGGCCAACCUCAUCCAGGAGCGCUACGACAAGGAGACCCAGGAGCUGCAGAGGAAGCAGCAGUGGUUCCAGAAGAACCAGCUCACCAUGACGGAUCCACAGAGAGACCAGUACCAGACUUACUGCUCCGAGAAAACCCUGAGAAUACAAGUGACCAAGACCCGGCUCAGGAUGUACGGGCUGACACAAACACACACACACACACACACACACACACACACUGAAACACACACACUGAAACACACACACACACACACACACACACACACACACACAGACACACAGACACACACACACACACACAGACACACACACACACACACACACUGAAACACACACACUGAAACACACACACACACAGACACACACACACACACACACACACAGAGACACACAGACACACACACACACACACACACACACACACUGAAACACACACACUGAAACACACACACACACACACACACACACACACACACACACACACACAGACACA